CUGACUCCCUGCCUGCUGCCGUAUUUUAAAGACAAGAAGAAGAGCGCAGCGUGGAGGGCUUUCACUUACUUCUGUGUUGUUUGUGUUUAUAGUUUUAUUGUUUUUACAGCAAACAAACACCGUGUUGAAGAAUAUUCACGCCGACGGCAUCAUGAGCACAUUAUGGAUGGGAAACCUGGACGCCUACAUGGAUGAGAAGUUCAUCACCAGAGCCUUCUCCACCAUGGGAGAGCAGGCGGUCAACGUUAGGAUCAUCCGCAACAAGAUGACCGGGGGAGCGAUGGGUUACUGUUUUGUGGAGAUGACCGAUGAGGCAACAGCUGAGAGGUGUCUGCGUAAAGUCAACGGAAAAGCUCUUCCAGGGGCCAAUCCGCCAACGAGGUUCAAGCUGAACCGAGCCACCUUUGGGAAAGCGGAAACCGGUCAGAUGUUCUCUCUGUUUGUGGGAGAUCUAACCCCGGAGGUGGAUGAUGGGAUGCUUUAUGAGUUCUUCUACAACCGUUACCCGUCGUGUCGAGGUGGGAAGGUGGUGCUGGACAGCAUGGGCAACUCCAAAGGUUGUGGGUUCGUUCAGUUCCCGGACGAGCGGCUCCAGAAGCGAGCCCUGGACGAGUGCCAGAGCGCCGUAGGACUGGGCAGCAAACCCCUGCGUCUCAGUCUGGCUGCCAACAAUUUAAGGAACAAACCGCCGCAGCAGUCGGAGCAGAAACAGUCCUGGCCGGCCAACUCGGCCUACAGACCCAGCUACGACCAGUACAACCAGUACAGCCAGUACCAGGCCUAUCCUGGCUACUACUCGUCCUGGGGGUACGACCAGUCGGGGAUGUACGGCUACGGCUAUCCGCAGUACGACUACUCCCAGUAUGCUCAAGCACAGGAAGAUGAAGCAGUUCCGGAGGACGAGAUUCUUGAAGAUCCAGGACUGGAGCUGGACGUGGUGGAAUCCAACAAGAAGUUCAUGGAGCUCAGCGAGGAGGUGUACGACGCUCUGAUCGACAGCCGCUGGCAGCUGGCAGAGCUCAACGCCGAGCAGGAAUACAUGACCUCCAGCCUGCCGGAGCCCAUUUACUGCUAAAAGACUCAUGCUUUUUCUUUCUUUUUUUUUGUUUUGUUGCCGUUAUUGUUGUUG